UAUUUAAAAUUAAAAUGACGAAUAAAAUAAACUAGUAAAAUAGAAAGAAAAAGAUUGUAAUGAUGACUGAUAUAUAUAUAUAUAUAGAUGGACGUGAAAAGUUACUAGGAUACCCCUAAUAUAUUUUUUAUAUAGUUAUGACAGAUCAUGAUAAAAUUGUAGUAUUUUAUAGGUGAUUGUGUCAUUAUUGCUCUACCAAUUGAUCAAUUUAAUUUAUUAUCAAUAGAACCACUUAAAUUCUUAGGUGUAUCACCAUAA